AUGGGGAAACUCAUUGCAAAUACAAGUGAUGAAAGUGCUGGUUUUAAUGAAGGGGAAAAGCUAGCUGAUUUUGAUAAUGUUUCCAGUCCUAUUUCUGAUGAUUCUAAGGAUUGUGGAAAUGAUUCAGCUGAAGAGUAUGAUGGUAGUAAGGGUGUCGAGAAGGAUUUAAAUGAAAGUUUUGAUGCUGUUUAUUCUGGGUUGGAUUUGUCAAAUGUUGUGUGUGGAGAUAAGGAUUUUACAAAGAAGCCUGAGUUCAGUUCAAUUGGUUUAAGUUUUGAAGAAGUAUAUGUGGAUCCAGAGAUUUUGAGUGUUAUUGAUAAAACUGUUAAGUAUGCAGAAGGAGAAAAGAUAUUUAGUGGGAGUAAGGAUGAUUGGAAGGUUGUGAUGGUUGGUGAUGAUGAUGAGGUUCAUGUUGCUAUUGAAAAGAGGGAGCCUAAACCUAGUACUCAUGUCAAAUCUCCUUUUGUUACUGAGUUUGGUUCUUCUGAAGUAAAAGAAACUGUGAAGAGGAAGGGAGAGGAAGUGGUGAUUGUUAGAGGAUUGCUUCCAUUUGAAAAUGAAAUUGGGCAGAAUGUUUCAAAGAAUGAUUGCCUGGAUUAUAUUUCUUGGAUUGAGGAUAAAAUGAAUUUUAAGAAUAAGUAUGUUUUUUUAUAUUUUGUUUAAUAUUAUUAUUCUUGAUAUUUAAUUGUUUG